CUGGCAGAGUGCAGACUGGCUCUCAGUCCUCCGUUACCAUUGUAAGAGUCAAGUGGCGUUUUGUGUGCGCUGACGAAUAGCACGCAAGGCGGCAAGAGUCUUUGAAUAACGGAUAAUUUUUCAAGAUGUCUGGAGAUGAUAUUAGAUGGAAACCAUUUUCUCUUACAUUUGUGGAGUAUCCUGAAGGUGAUGCAUUCGGCAAGCUACUGGCCAUUGUCAGCCUCUUCCCCGUUGGCAUGCUCGUUGGCUGCUUUGCUCUGAUGCUCUUCAGAAGGGAUCUCCAUACUUAUAUUUGUCUUAUUGUAAGUUAUGUGAGCAGAGUUUAUUUGCUGUAUCACUCAUGGGCUCAAGUGAUUGUUGGCUCAGUCCUGGGGGCAGUCCUUGGCGUUGGCUGGUUCUUCAUCGUGCAUGUCCACCUCACGCCGCUCUUCCCUCAAAUAGCCUCGUGGUCCAUCUGCGAACUGCUGAUGAUACGAGACACUUCGCUUAUCCCGAACAUCUUGUGGUUCGAAUACACUCACGCCCGCAACGAAAACAGAGCACGAAACCGCAAGCUCGUGUCCAUGAAGAGCCAAUAGCUGCUUCGUAUUUAUUCUUUGUUGGCGCUCAAUUUCGCUCAAGCCCUCCCGGUGUUAAAUUUAUGCUUUUGUAAACCUAAAUCACAGAUGUUCACUUUGCUUGAGGCAUUAGUCAUUUUGAAUUUGCGGCCGUGAAAUUGUAUGAUGAAUUCUAGUGCAGCACGCGCUCGGGCAUUGAGCGCCCGGAAUAGGUAUUAUUGAGCCUUCGUUCACACGCAUAUUCAUUAGAUGAACGUCGUUAUUUUACCAUUGUUACAUAACUGGUUCUUGAUGAACUUGCCACUUCUACGUCAAUUGUUGCAAUUCGUUAUUUUGUGUUCGACAUGACUGAUUCUGUGUGAAUGAUAUAUCUCGUCAUCGAGCCCUUUCUCCAGUUCAAGGAAGUUCGUUAGCAUCAUGUCUUGCUUCGUAGGUACCAGCGAGCUCCAUGAACUGCACGUGGCUGGGAAAAUUUUGUUGUGUUCAGUUUAUAAAAUGAUUGAUGCAGGUUUAGUUAAAGAUUUGAGCGCUAUUUUUAGUAACAGUUUUCUCUUGGUUCUUCCAAUUUAGAGAACAAAGAAGGGCGUCAGAGCAUGCAAACCUUAAAAAGAACAACCAUAAUAAAAUUGUUAAUAUGAAUCAAGCUCUUUCUUCAAGAAAACUUGCAUCAAGAUGUGAUAUACUUUCAACCAAUCUUACCAAUAUCCUGCAAAUUUAAUUGGUCGAGUCUUCACGAAGUUGAAUUGUAGUAAUCUCUGCGUAUGACAAUAUUAAUACCUUCAAUCGCUUCACUAAUAUCUUGCAGUCAAAGUGCCUAGGAAGUUGUGUAUAGUUAUCAUCGUGCGUGCUCUUGCAUCAACAUUUGCGAUGAUAGAAAUGGUUAGCGCUGUACAUUCAUUAGGAAGCUUCGAUUGGAGAUAACAUUUGGACUCUUAACAAACAUUUGUUAGUGAGUAACGACUGCUAUAAUUAUGGCGAUGUUCGUUGACGUAGCAUGUGGCACAGUGAUCAGAAUUCAAUACGAUGAACACAUUAGUGUUUACUAUCGUUAACAGGAAAUGGGAUAAUGGCACACAUGAUUCAAUAUUGCAAGGAAUGGUAUUUGCUUUUGAGGAUAUUACAUUUCAAUAUAUAUGGUAGAUUACUGUACAUUGUAUUUUACACCGUAGGCAAAGGGAUGAGUAGUGAAGUAAUGUACCGCAAAUGGGAUGGAAACAUUUUCUAACAAUCUGAACGACUUGUCAAUUUACUGCUCAACUUAAAGAAACAAUAGCUCAAUAUACUAUGCGAUUUUUACAAGUAAUAUUAAAUUUUUGUUUUGACAUUGAAGCGACUUAUAAUUAUAAGGUCCCAUCAAGUACACUAAUUUUUUUCACUUAAAAUCUACGUCAAAUUUGAACAGAUUUAUGUAGGGCUUGCUCUGUAGCUUUAGAAUAAACUUGUAUUGAAAUGUUGACGAUUUCAGGAUGUAUAAUUAGAGAUUAUUGCUAGGUAGUUGUAUCGAUGACAUUUGACAACAAAUUGAAAAAAGUAAUUCAAGUCACAUAAUCCACUUACCCGGAGCAAAAAUGCUAAUAUGGUAAACGAACGAAACCUAAAGCCACCAAGAAGCCAGGAACCAAAAACGAUGGUCCCAAAAAGUUUUACAACUAAAUGAAGGUCAUCACCUGAAUAAUAUACCUGAAUACAUCUGACACUCGGGACGUAAUUUACACAGACAUAUUACGAAAUAUUUUACAGACAAUGUAAAGGCGAUAUAUAUGCCUCGUCAGAACUUGAUACGCAGAAGGGUAAAAAAAAUUCCAAGAAUGCAUAGACAACCGAGUUGGCACCUUGCUACGACUGAGAACAAUACCCAGUACACAACAAAAUGAAACUUUGUAACAACAAUUGAGCAUUGUAAAAUUUUACGGAAUCGCGUAGUGAUAGAAUACGCAUCCGUUUUUGCUCAUUAUGAAGCCAGUUUUAUUCAGUUGUCAUGCGAGACUGAACCAGCAGUUCACAUAGACGUGGGUGCCCAGAAAUUCAUUUCUCUGAGCUGUGAUGGUUUAGGCCUUCGGGGCUUUGCAGACACAGAGGGAGCAGCUGCAACCUCAGCAGCAGCCAUUUGCAGCUGUGUAGCCGCUGUAUUUGACGGCUGCACAGGAACGCCACCAGACGCUUGGGGCACGCUUGCCUGAACAUUGCUGUCAGCCUUAGCCACCUGACUUCCAGCAUCGCCAGGGCGGUAGAAGAAAGAGUUGUAAGAAGGCAUCCUGCGUUCUACUACCAAUCCUUGCGUGCUCAUAUACUGCGUUUCUUCACGUGCCACCUCAUCAGGAACCUGCCCGCUAAACUGGGGACAUGAUAUUUUCCGAUUAUUCUGAGGAGAAAUUCCAAGCCUGCUCUGAAUCUCAGAGCUAGAUUUAUUAUAGAAGAGAUUGCGUACACUUUCAAGAAUGCCGGCGCUGUAACUUGUAUCUUCAGCUUUAAGCUCACGAGAUGGAGAUGCGCCUCGCGAAACUACAGGGGAUCUAUGUGCGUGAGGAGAACCUAGGCUGGAUUCGGAUGGUGCUCGUUCGUUUUCAGUAUUCUGCUCCUUGUGGGAUUGCAAUAGUUGGUUUUGAGUGUUUUGAUUCUGGCUAUCAGGCAAACAUUUGCCUGAGUCCUGGGAAAAGAUGCGAGGGAUCACCAAGAGGGGCUUGACUUGGUACCGAUGCUGGUCUUCAGAUGUGAGGUUUUCAAUACGCUGGUCUUGAGAGUCCCUCAGAAGCUCAGUGCUAAGGCAUAAGCCACUUGUUCUUCGCGGUGAACUAACUCUGCCACCCACACUCAGGCGCCGUCCACCAAGGGAACUAUUGGGAAGCUGCAAAAGAAUAAUGUAUUCAGUAUCUGAUUGAUGGUAAAAAAAAGUUGAUACACGGCUA